GCAUAACGAAGGCAUUGUUUGUUGUCUCGGAAGGUUUUAACAUUGAAUGAUAUGAUAUUCAGAAGAUGAUAAAGAGAUCAUAGGUAGACCAGUGUGUCAUUUUAAUUUGUUGUUCCUUGCUGUUUUAUAUCAAUAUGGACGAGAUCAACUUAGUGGAAGAUAUUCAUAAUAAGGAAGUGAAUAUCUCAAUAAGCAAAAUAAAACCCAGCAGAAGAAUUAAAAUGGCUGCAACCCUAAACCAAAGGAAAUUAUCAAAGUUUGUGAUGAUGAGAUGCUCAUGCCGUCUAGAAUAUAAUAGGCACACAAGCGUUGAUUCCCCGGUAUCAAGUGAUGAUGAUGAAGAGUUGUUCAACUCUACAAUCCCAUGUCAUGGCAUAUUCAUAUUUUUGGAUUCACUCCUUCUUGGGAUGCUCCAAGUUGAGUAUCAAAACAAGAACAAAUCACCAUGGGCGAGCCACUCGAUUCAGAUUCAAACCUUCUUGAUGGCUGGAUGCAUCUACUGCGCCGUGCUUGGAAUCAAGAUCUUCAACAAACAAGCUCGAAGUGGCUACAAGGGGAAGAUUUUGAGCUUUGUCCUCCUAAUUUUUGGAUCAAUUUCAUGUGCAUCUCUCUUGUCCAUCAUGUUGCACCCAAUACUUUUAUGGACUGUGCUCAUCAUCUGGGGAUCUAUACUUAUAAUACUAAUGGAUUAUCACUCUCUCAAAAGCUUGAUAUAUUGGAUAUUUGACUUGUUCUUCAAGUUAAAUAAUCUUCAUAAGAGCAAGCAAGUUUCCAGCAACAACAUUAUAGCUCAUCAAGUAGCUCAUGUUAUCUAAAACCUUUUGUUAAAUCGGUACGUUUCUCUAUUUUGAUGUGCCGAGGAUGUUGUUUAAUUUGUAAUAUUAAUUAUAAAGGUUUAUUUCUUCACAAUUUAUUUGUAACUUUGAAAAAAAAAAAUUGGAAUCUGAAGUAACUAGUUAUUAUAAUCCAUUUACUUCAAUGA